GGCAAGAAGAAGAGGGUCGUGAUCGUCGGCUCGGGCUGGGGAGCAAACGCGCUCAUGAAGACCCUUGACACCACUGUCCAUGAAGUGAUCGUGGUCUCCCCGAGGAACUACUUCGUCUUCACUCCCAUGCUCGCUUCCUCUGCCGUGGGGACCGUUGAGUACCGAUCGAUCAUCGAGCCUGUGAGGUGGGCCAACAGCAACUUGGAGUACCAGGAAGCCAUGGCCAUGGACGUUGACACCAAGAGGAAGGUUGUACACUGCAAGGCUGUGGCGGAGAAGCGUGACCUGGAGGUCCCGUAUGACCUCCUUGUCCUCAGCGUUGGGAUGAAGACAAGCACGUUCGGCGUCCCUGGCGUCAAGGAGAACUGUCACUUCCUCAAGGAGAUCGAACAUGCAAGGGCCCUGAGGACGGCCAUCAUCGAGAACUGCGAAGCUGCAAGCCUGGAGGACGUGUCGGAGGAGAGGAAGCGGGAGCUGCUGACGUUCGUGGUGGUUGGCGGAGGCCCAGCAGGUGUGGAGAUGUCAGGAGAGCUGUUCGACUUCCUGAACGAGGACCUGAAGAAGAUCUACCCGAAGCUCGUGCCCUACGUCUCGACGAAGCUGGUGGAGUCAGGAGGGACCCUGAUCCCGCAGUUCGACACUCCCCUGCAGAAGAAGACGAUA